GCGCUUUUCCUCAUUGAUAACUUUUGAAGAGUCCAGCCAGCUGCAUUCUUUUGUAAGUCAGCAGCCUGUCCGACGUGAAAAUCCAUCUUUACCCCUGAUAGCUGAGUAACCCACGUGUACCCGAGCUCAGCGCUGGUUUGGGGGGUUGUAGUUUCCUCCGGAAACCGGAAAACUGUUCAGAUGCAGUUUCCCGACCGCGGGCCUGGGCGAGUCAGCAGUCGGCAGCGCAGCGGCGGGAACCGCAGCCUGGGGACCCUGGAACCUCCCAGGUGUCACACUCCUCAGUCAGUCCUGCUCACCUGUGAGUCUCAAUUAAGAUCCCUGGAUGGUGAAGAGAAGAGACUGUAGCAAAGGAUCCAGUCUAUAUUGCUGAGACAGAAACUCAGAGAACAGCAAGAAGAAUGAAUGCUUCUCUGGUAUGUGCUCCCCAGGAUCUAUUAACAUUCAAGGAUGUGGCUGUGGAUUUCUCACAAGAUGAAUGGAAAUAUCUUGACUGUGCUCAGAGGGAAUUGUAUGUGGAUGUGAUGUUGGAGAAUUACAAAAAUUUAUUCUUUGUGGAGAGUCAUCGUUUAUCUCAUAAAUUUGAGAACAUCUUGGAUGAAGACACACAGUGUAUUGUCCACAAACAUGUGAAUAUCCAGUCAUAUAAAUGUCAUGAACUUGGAAAACUCAUUCAUGACUCUACCCAGAGUACAUCUUACGCAACUAGUCACAGAGAUACGUCUCUUGAAUCAUCAUGCGUAAACAGACAUGAUUCUGUGAAUACCAAAGAACCUUGCAGAUAUAAAAAUUGUGUAAACUGCUUAAAUUUGUGCUCUAUCAUUAGUCUUUAUCAAGGAACCCACAUAGGACAAAAAGAACACAAUACAGAGUUUGAUAAGGUUUUUGACACUCAACAUGAACUCAUGCUUAUACAAACCAAUAGUGGAAAUAAACCUUACAAAUGUAGUAAAUGUGACAAAUGCUUUACCCGCAAAGGAGAUCUUUGGAGUCAUCAGAGAAUUCAUACAGGAGAGAAACCUUACAAAUGUAGUGAAUGUGACAGAUGCUUUACCCGCAAAGGAGACGUUAUUAUUCAUGAAAGAAUUCAUACAGGAGAAAAACCUUAUAAAUGUAUUGAAUGUGGUAAAUGCUUUACCCACAAAGGUGGUCUUAGAAGUCAUCAAAGGAUUCAUACAGGAGGAAAACCUUACAAAUGUUGUGAAUGUAUUAAAUCUUUUAACCGGAAACGCAAUCUUAGAAUUCACCAGAGAAUUCAUACAGGAGAGAAACCUUACAAAUGUCCUGAAUGUGCCAAAUGCUUUACACGCAAAGGAGAUCUUAUUAUUCAUCAUAGAAUUCAUACAGGAGAGAAACCUUACAAGUGUAAUGAAUGUGAAAAAUGCUUUACUGUCAAAAGUGACCUUGGAAUUCAUCAGCGAAUUCAUACAGGAGGGAAACCUUACAAAUGUAGUGAAUGUAUCAAAUCUUUUACACAGAAAGGCAAUCUUAGAAGACAUCAGAGAAUUCAUACAGGAGAGAAACCUUACAAAUGUAAUGAAUGUAACAAAUGUUUCACCCAGAAAGACAUUCUUAUAAGACAUCAGAGAAUUCAUACAGGAGAGAAACCUUACAAAUGUAGUGAAUGUGACAAAUGCUUUACCCAGAAAGGCGAUCUUAUAAGACAUCAGAGAAUUCAUACAGGAGAGAAACCUUAUAAGUGUAGUGAAUGUGAAAAAUGUUUUACCCUAAAAAGUGAGCUUAGAAUUCAUCAGCGAAUUCAUAUAGGAGGUAAACCAUACAAUUGUAGUGAAUGUGAGAAAUGCUUUACCCAAAAAUGCAGUCUUAAUAUUCAUCAGAGAACGCAUGCAGCAGAGAAACUGUAUAAAUAUAGUGAUGAUAAAUUCUUUACCCAGAAAUGUAAUCUUAGCACUCAUUAGAAAAUACAUACAGGAGAGAAAUGCCGGUUUCCACGUCGGAAUUCUCACCAGACCUUGGAAAACUCUCCUCAGGUCCUGUUUCCUGGCUGCGGGCCUGGGAGAGUCAGCAGUCGGCAGCGCAGCGGCGGGAACCGCAGCCUGGGGACCCUGGAACCUCCCAGAAUGGUUAUUCCAGUCAGUAUUUCUGACACAGAAACUUGGAGAAAAACAAUAAGAAGAAUGGAUGCUUCUCUGGUAAAUGCCUCCCAGAGUCAGUUAACAUUCAAGGAUGUGGCUGUGGACUUCUCACAGGAGGAAUGGGAAAGUCUUGACCGUGCUCAGAGGGCAUUGUACAUGGAUGUGAUGCUGGAGAAUUACAACAAUCUGGUUUUUGUGGAGAAUCAUUGCAUAUGUCAUAAAUAUGAGAACUUCUUGGAUCAAGAUGCACAGCAUAUUGUCCACGAGCAUGUGAAUAUCCAAGAGAAGUCUUAUAAAUGUCAUGAGCUUGGCAAAAUCAUUCAUGAAUCCACCCAAAGUGCACCUUAUAAAACUAACCUCAGGGAUACAUCUGUUGAAUCAUCAAACCUCAAGAGACAUGAAACCGGAAACACCAGAGAACUUUCCAAAUAUAAAAACUGUAUAAAAUGUUUAAAUUUGUGUUCUAGAAUUAGUCUGAAUCAAGGAAUCCACAUAGAAAAGAAAGAUGAUGAGGUUUUUGACUCUAAACAAAACCUCAUGCUCAAACCAACCAAUAGUGGGAAAAAACCUUACAAAUGUAAUGAUUAUGACAAAUGCUUCAUCCAGAAAGGUGAUCUUAGAAGUCAUCAGAGAAUGCAUACCGGAGAGAAACCUUACAAAUGUAGUGAAUGUGACAAAUGCUUUACCAUCAAAAGUGAUCUUAGAGUUCAUCAGAAAAUUCAUACAGGAGAGAAACCUCAUAAAUGUUGUGAGUGUGAAAAAUGCUUUACCAACAAAUAUCAUCUUAGAAUUCAUCAGAGAGUACAUUCAGGAGAGAAACCUUACAAAUGUGGAGAAUGUGACAAAUCUUUUACCCAGAAAGGCAAUCUUAGAAGUCAUCAGAGAAUGCAUACCGGAGAGAAACCUUACAAAUGUAGUGAAUGUGACAGAUGCUUUACCCAGAAAUGCAGUCUUAUUAUUCAUCAGAUAAUUCAUACUGGAGAGAAACCUUACAAAUGUACUGAAUGUGACAAAUGCUUUUCUAACAAAAGUGAUCUUAAAAUUCAUCAGAGAAUUCAUACAGGAGAGAAACCUUACAAAUGUAGUAUAUGUGACAAAUGCUUUACCCACAAAUGCAGUCUUAGUAUUCAUCAGAGACUACAUUCAGGAGAGAAACCAUACAAAUGUACAGAAUGUGACAAGUGCUUUACCCAAAAAUGCAGUCUUCUUAUUCAUCAGAGGAUUCAUACAGGAGAGAAACCUUACAAGUGUACUGAAUGUGACAAAUGCUUUACCAACAAAAGUGAUCUUAGAAGUCAUGAGAGAAUUCAUACAGGAGAGAAACCUUACAAAUGUACUGAAUGUGACAAAUGCUUUACCCACAAGUGCAGUCUUAGUAUUCAUCAGGGAAUUCAUGGAGGAGUAAAACCUUAAAAAUAUCAUGAGUAUCAUAAAUUCUUUAACCAGAAACACUCAUCAGA